AUGUCAGCCAAAGACUGCGGCAACCAUGGCGAGAGACGCCGAAAACUCUUCCGUCGAAUCUUCGCCGGAAUCCUAAUCUUCCUCCUCAUUGCCCUGCUCGUAAUCCUCUUAGUUUGGGCCAUCCUCCGUCCUUCAAAACCAAAAUUCAUCCUCCAAGAUGCUACAGUUUACGCCUUUAACGUUUCAUCUCCAAAUUUCCUCACUUCCAACUUCCAAGUCACCAUAUCCUCUCGCAAUCCGAAUGACAAAGUCGGAAUCUAUUAUGAUAAACUCGAUAUUUAUGCCACAUACCGUAACCAACAAAUAACUCUCCGUACUGCCUUACCUAAUUCUUACCAAGGGCACAAAGAGAUUGAUGUUUGGUCCCCUUUUAUCUAUGGAACCGCCGUGCCGGUAGCUCCGUACAAUUCAGUUGCAUUAAGUCAAGACCAAGCUACAGGAAGUUUGUUGCUGAUGAUCAAGAUUGAUGGUCGCGUUCGAUUCAAAGUUGGAACCUUUAUUUCUGGGAAAUACCAUUUGUUUGUAAGGUGUCCUGCUUAUAUUCAGUUUGGUAGCAGAACUAACGGAAUUAUGGUCGGUGAGAACGCCGUCAAGUAUCAGCUGGUAAGGAGUUGCAGUGUGAGCCUUUGA